AAAAAAGUAAACAACUAACUUUAACUUCAUUUAUUAAUAUGUUAAAAUGAGGUGUCUUAUGAAUAAAGAUUCUGUAUUCUAUUUGCAAAGAGAGGCCUGGGAUGAUAUAAAAGAAUACAAAGAUGGUUAUAAACAAGUCAUUAAGCAAAGGGAGAAACAUAGAAUACCAUUUUUACAUCAAUCACCACAGUUUGGGUAUAGAGUGGAUAUAGUGGAAUACAUAAAGAGAAUAUGUAUAAAAAAAAGACUAACAUACUGCUGCUUUCAUUUGUCAAUUUAUUUAUUGGAUAUAUUUAUGGAUAAUCAUUCCAUAAUGCAAGAUAGAAUCCUAAUAGUUGCUAAUGUGUGUUUGCUACUGGCAGCAAAAUUUGAAGAAAGCAGUAUGAACAUACCAAAAAUAUGCGAAUUGAAUGCUGAUAUAAACAAUAGAUACACAAUAAAAGAUUACAAAGAACUUGAAUUGGUAAUUUUAAAGUUCUUCCACUGGUACAUAAUGUUCCCUACAGCGGCCCAUUAUACGCAUUACUAUAUGCAAGCAAUCAUAUCACAUGAUGAUAUUAAAUCCACUGGAGAAUUGAGGACCUUAUUUUACAAUCUACAUGACUCAGUUACUACAUAUUUGGACUACAUCAUAGACGAUAUUCACUACAUGCAGUGUUAUUCUCCAUCUAAACUGGCAGCAACAGUUUUAUCUGCCAGUAGAUUGGAGGCGGGUUUGAGCGGCUGGACCGAUCAACUCCAAUACAUUACAGACUAUUCCAAUGAGGAUUUUCAAGAACCUUUGAAAUUACUUAUGACCAAGAAAAAUGCUAUGAGCUGCCCCAAAUGUAUACAUAAGACCACAAUACAUUAAAAAUAAUAAAAUCAAGAAGCUUAAUAGUAACUUAUUAGCAGAAAAUAAACAUUUAAACUUUUAAUUAAAUUCAAUUUUGAUAUCCUGUUAAUAUUUACUCAAUUAAUGAACUAAUUAAAAAUUGACUUAUUAAUAACAUUUUUAAUUUCAUUAAAAUUUUACCUCGCC